UUCUUUAAUUAUUGAUUUUAUAAUCUCUAAUACUCAUGUCUCAAUAUAAAAUGAUUUUAUAAUGAAAAUAUUCCUUUUUACGUGUUGAAAUUUAUUACGACCUGAGUAAUUAAUUAACUGUGCUGGCGAACUCUACUUUUGUGCGCAAUGAUUCCUCAAGGUGAUUUACUUCCAAUAAUGGUGGCCAACUAGUCGAUGGUAGCCCUUCUAGAAAAUAGCCAUGAGUUCAGAAAUAGAGCCCCAUAUUACGAAAAAGUACGAAAUCAAGAAACGAUUAGGAAAGGGGGCCUAUGGAAUUGUUUGGAAGGCGGUAGACAGAAGAACAGGAGAAGUGGUCGCUGUGAAGAAAAUUUUUGAUGCCUUCAGAAAUCAAACAGAUGCACAGCGGACAUUCCGGGAGAUUAUGUUUCUUCAAGAGUUUGGAGACCAUAAUAACAUCAUUAAGUUACACAAUGUGAUCAAGGCAGAAAAUGACAAAGAUAUCUACCUCGUCUUUGAAUUUAUGGAGACAGAUCUUCACAAUGUCAUCAAAAGAGGAAGCAUUCUGAAAGAUGUUCACAAACGUUACAUUAUGUAUCAGUUGUUCAAGGCUACUAAAUACCUUCACUCAGGCAACGUCAUACACAGAGACCAAAAGCCCUCCAAUAUUUUACUGGACAGUGAAUGUGUCGUUAAAGUCUGUGACUUCGGACUUGCCCGUUCUCUGACCCAGAUUGGGGUGGAUGCUGAGACGGGAGACCCCAAUCUGACAGAAUAUGUGGCCACCAGGUGGUACAGGGCUCCAGAGAUAUUACUGGCCUCUCACAGGUAUACUAAGGGUGUGGAUAUGUGGUCCUUGGGUUGUAUCCUGGGGGAGAUGUUGGGAGGAAAACCCCUGUUUCCAGGGUCAUCAACCUUGAACCAGAUAGAGAAAAUAAUGAGCACAAUUCCUACACCAACUAAGGAAGACAUUGAAAGCAUCAAGUCAGCGUAUGGGGCUUCUAUAUUGGAAAAAGCAACACUAAAGUCUAAGAAAACAUUAGAAGAACUUCUACCAGAUGCACCACGAGACGGAAUAGACUUGCUGAAGCGGCUGCUGUUAUUUAAUCCGGACCGGAGAAUCACUGCUGAUGAGGCUCUAAGACAUCCGUACAUCUCCAGAUUCCACAAUUCUGCUGAGGAGAUUUCCCUGAAUUACGAUGUUGUUCCACCACUGAGUGAUGAUGUUCAGCUAACAGUGGAAGAGUACCGAAACAAGUUAUAUGAGAUGAUAAUUCAAAAGAAACAGGAGAGGAGAAGGAGGCGACAUGAGAUCAGAAGUGCACAACAGCUGAGAGAGUCUAGUCCGGAUGAGAAUCCGGCGCCCAGUGAACCGUAUCAGAAGGAGAACACCAUGCCAGCCAAACUCUCAUCAGCGUCUGCCAAGUACAACAAACCGGUGGCAGAGGUGCACCCCCACUCAGCACCCAACCACCAGUCCUCCUUUUCAUCAGGUCAGAUUUUCUCUCAAAUUUAGGCAAACUGUUACCAUUUUAAUAGUCAGACUGAGCACUAUUUAGUUGAAGUUUAAGUUCCACUUAUAGUUGCAUACUACAGUAUUUUCUUAUAUGUGAAUGUUGGUUUAAUCAAUUUCAAAUCAACAAGAGUGAUA